GCCAAAUCGCAAACACAGUUAAAAGUCUCCAGCUAGCAGAGUCAUCAGCUGAGGUAGAGUCGUCAGCUGAGGUUUGACUCCAGCUACUGCCUCCCUGACUGACCGGCGAUAAAAGCUGUUAGCAGUGUAGCACAGCAGAGAGCAGACCAGCUGCUCACUCCCAAACAGAGGAAAGCUUCCAAACCACCAGUCCACCACCAUGCCGGCCACGCUGAGCACAACGCGGGCACCGCCGAGGGCGACCUCCCUCCCCUCGUCUCGGGCGUCUCAGACGGCGAUCCUACGCCACCCCGUCUCCCGCCGCAACCGAGCGCUCCGCCUUCUCGCGCUCCCCUCCCCGUCCGCGCCGCGGCAGAGGCGUAGUAGGCCCGGUCUUCUUCCUCCUGCCCGCGCGGGGCUCGUCGCCACCGCGGCAAUGCCACCGGCGGCGCCGGAGCCGGAGCGCAAGGCGCGCGUCCUGGUGGCCGGCGGCGGCAUCGGCGGCCUGGUAUUCGCGCUCGCCGCCAGGCGCAAGGGGUUCGAGGUGCUCGUGCUGGAGCGGGACAUGAGCGCCGUCCGCGGGGAAGGGAGGUACCGCGGCCCGAUCCAGCUGCAGAGCAACGCGCUCGCCGCGCUCGAGGCCGUCGACGCCGCUGCGGCCGACGAGAUCAUGGACGCUGGGUGCGUCACGGGGGACCGCGUCAACGGCAUCGUCGACGGCGUCUCUGGCUCCUGGUACAUCAAGUUUGAUACGUUUACUCCUGCAGCUGAGCGGGGGCUCCCAGUCACAAGGGUCAUUAGCCGCAUGACACUGCAACAAAUCCUUGCUCGAGCAGUUGGCGAUGAUGCUAUAUUGAAUGGAAGCCAUGUAGUCGAUUUUAUAGAUGAUGGCAGUAAGGUUACUGCCAUAUUGGAGGACGGUAGAAAAUUUGAAGGCGACCUUUUGGUUGGUGCCGAUGGAAUAUGGUCAAAGGUGAGGAAGACACUAUUCGGGCAUUCAGACGCCACCUAUUCAGGUUACACUUGCUACACAGGGAUUGCAGAUUUUGUGCCACCUGAUAUCGAUACAGUUGGGUACCGAGUAUUUCUUGGUCACAAACAAUACUUCGUCUCUUCAGAUGUCGGUGCUGGUAAAAUGCAAUGGUAUGCUUUUCACAAUGAAGAGGCCGGUGGCACUGACCCUGAAAAUGGCAAAAAGAAAAGAUUGCUUGAGAUAUUUGACGGAUGGUGUGAUAAUGUCGUUGAUUUGAUAAACGCAACUGAUGAAGAAGCGGUUCUUCGCCGGGAUAUAUACGACCGCCCACCUACUAUUAAUUGGGGGAAAGGUCGUGUCACCUUGCUUGGUGAUUCUGUCCAUGCUAUGCAGCCAAAUCUGGGUCAAGGUGGCUGCAUGGCUAUUGAGGAUGGUUACCAGCUGGCUGUAGAGCUAGAGAAUGCCUGGCAAGAGAGUGUCAAGACUGAAACUCCUAUGGACAUAGUUUCCUCCUUGAGGCGUUAUGAGAAAGAGAGAAGGCUGCGUGUUGCUGUUAUACAUGGACUGGCAAGAAUGGCCGCAAUCAUGGCUACCACCUAUAGACCUUAUUUGGGUGUUGGUCUAGGACCUUUAUCGUUUUUGACCAAGUUGCGGAUACCACACCCUGGAAGAGUUGGUGGCAGAUUCUUCAUCAAAUAUGGAAUGCCUGCGAUGCUGAGCUGGGUGCUUGGUGGCAACAGCUCAAAGCUAGAGGGAAGGCCUUUAAGCUGCCGACUUUCUGACAAGGCAAAUGACCAGCUUUAUCGAUGGUUUGAGGAUGAUGAUGCGCUGGAACAAGCUAUGGGUGGAGAAUGGUACCUCUUCCCAACAAGUGAAGGAAACAGCAAUAGCUUCCAGCCCAUUCGUUUAAUUAGGGACGAGCAGAGGUCACUCUCUGUUGGAAGCCAGUCAGAUCCUAAUGACACAGAUUCUUCCCUAUCAUUGCCGUUUCCACAGAUAUCAGAAAGGCAUGCUACAAUCACAUGCAAGAAUAAGGCUUUCUAUCUGACUGAUCAUGGGAGUGAACAUGGUACCUGGAUUACCGACAAUGAAGGUAGACGUUACCGUGUGCCACCAAACUUCCCAGUUCGUUUCCAUCCCUCCGAUGUCAUUGAGUUUGGUUCUGAUAAGAAGGCUAUGUUCCGGGUGAAGGUGCUGAACACGCUCCCAUAUGAAUCCGCAAGAAGUGGGAAGCAGCAGGGGCAGCAGCAACAGCAAGUCCUUCAGGCGGCAUGAAUGGAGACACCGGCCACCACUCCUAUCAUCAGCCCACACUGUACUAUUGUACAGCAUCCGGUAAAGACGUGACUCUGCACCACAGAAAGGAUAUAGAAGAUACGUCAAAGCAGAUGUGAUUUUUGCAUCCAUCGAUGCCAAACAGGAUUUUGAAUACUAGCACCUAACGGAUUGAAAAUGAUGAGAUUGCAGUUCUACGAGAGGAACUGAUGAGUUGUACAAUAGGGAUAGGCAAUUCAGCUAUUGUCGGACUGUGUACAUUAUUGUAUCAUCACCAAAAAAUGCUGUACACCUGAUCAUGUAAUAUAGUGUAUAGUUAUUUAACUCUGAGUCAGAUAAGAUAUGAUUUGUUCUUCCACCA